AUGGUGGUGGGGUCGGGCAACGGAACUUACGCCAUUGUCGUGAAGGGCAGCGCUUAGAACGCACGUCGCGUUGGAAGCUCCAGGGUGUUUUAUUUAAAUUAUUUUUUUUUUUAAAACUAAAACUAUUUUGUGAUAAAUUAUUUGUUGUCCACUUGAUUACUGUCCACCCUGACCAUUAUUGAUACGAAGCUGCAACAAAGACACGAUAUCAUGGGGGACGACGACCAGCAGUUCUGCCUUCGGUGGAACAACCACCAGACGACGCUUAUACAAAACUUCGAUACAUUGCUGGAAAGCGGUACACUGGUUGACUGCACCCUAGCAGCGGAGGGGAAGUACCUAAAGGCCCACAAAGUUGUCCUCUCCGCGUGUAGUCCAUACUUUGAGGGUCUGUUAAGCGAACAUUAUGACAAACAUCCAGUCUUUAUCCUCAAAGACGUAAAGUUUAAAGAACUCAAAGCCAUGAUGGACUACAUGUACAGGGGAGAAGUAAAUAUUUCCCAAGACCAAUUGGCAGCGCUACUAAAAGCCGCAGAGUCCCUACAAAUAAAAGGGCUCUCUGAAAGUAAAACUGGCAGCGGUGGUAACACAAGCGGCAGCAGUAAGGCGGAAACAAGAUCCCAAAAGACUGCACCUCAACCUACUGCUCCAUCGUUGGACAUUCCUCACUCGUCUUCCGGCCUCACCAUUGAGAAAAACAGUAAAGUUCCACGUCAAAGUCUGGCACAAACAUCUGUUGGCGAUUUACCUGAAGACUCUGCAAGCCCCUCAUUAUCUAAAGGCAUUUCCUCCAGGGAAGGCUCAGUAAGUCCGAACGGACGAAAACGUAAAAGAUAUAGGAGAAGAAGCUUGAACGAUGACAACCCUAUUGACAACCACGAAACCUCUAACUCGAGCGACAUGUCUCAUCAACCAAUGAACGUGCCUGCUCCUGGCGUAGCACCGAUCGCUGAUGAAAAAUCAAUGUCUGAAUCCGCCGACUCACUUGGCAGAUCAGCUCUCAUGCAACAACUAACCAAACCCGCCGACGAAAUGCUACAGAUGCCUGUGGAAAAACCUGAGCCUAAUGAUACCUUGAUUGAGCCAAAGUCUGAGUACCUGGAGGACCCUGAAGAAAGUGUAGAAGACUUGACGCUUGAUGACGACUUUAAUGACACGAAUGACUUAGAACCAGAUAACAACCGAGCCGGACCGUCCCAUGAUUCAUCUCACCCUGGCCAUGCAUCGUGGCACGUAACUGGCGACCGAAGUAACGCUGGAGGCGUUGUCGGUUCAGUAGCUGGUGCACCAGGAUCUAAUGACGAAGUCUUUAUGGCAGCCCAGGAAGCAGCCAACGCUCACCGCGACUCUCAAGGCCCGAAGGGUAAACAAGCUGGAAAAUUACCAAUUCAAGGUGGAAAACCGUUGAUUCAAGCUGGAAAAUUAAAGCAAGCUGGAAAACCAUCAACUCAAGGUGGAAAAUCAUCAGCUCAAGGUGGAAAACUAUCAACUCCAAUUAAAAAAUCACUUCCGAGUGGAAAAUUAUCAACUCCAAGUGGAAAAUUGUCAACCCCAAGUGGGAAAUUGUCAACUCCAAGUGGAAAAUUGUCAGCUCAAGGUGGAAAAUCACCAGCUCACAGCGGAAAACCAUCAAUUCCAAGUGGAAAAUUAUCAAGCCCAAGUGGAAAGUCAUCGAUUAAAAGAGGAAAACCGACAAUUCAAAGUGUAAAAUCAUUAACUCAUGGUGGAAAAUCACUACCGCAUGGAACAUCACUAAUUCCGGGAAAGCCAACCAUUCAAAGUGUUAAAUCAUUGAUUCAAAGUGGAAAAUCAUCAAAUCAAGGAAUAGGUGAGGAAGCAUCAUCAGAGCCAGAGUUUAUUAAUGAGGAAUCAUUAGAUUUGGAGUAUGAAGAAUUGAGUUUCUACGAAAUUGAUGAUGACCAAUUUGUUGAUGGAAAUCGUAAAGAAUUGGCAGAAAUAAUUGAAGAUUUCGAAGAAAUAGUUGAAGAAGAAGAUGAUGAUGAUGGAGACAGAGAUGGAUUCGGGGAUGUAGGAGAUGAUGAUAAAGAAGCUGAAGAUUACAAAACGGAAGUUGACGAUGAUAAGAAAAACGUUGAGAAAAUAAAGAAAGAAGUUAAAGAAAUAAAACAGGAAGAUGACAAAAGCAAAGUUAAACUUGAGAGCAAGAAACGUAAGAGAGUUCCCAGGAAAUAUGGGUUCAGAAGACGCAAGCCGACGAUGUGUCAAUGCGAUUUGUGCGGUAGCAUUUACUCUUGGACUACAUCAUUGAAUCGCCACAGAUUGAAGUGCGAGAAGAUCAUGGCGCUGAAAAAAUCAGCCGAGCGAGCAGAUGAUGAUGAGGAUGAAGAGCCGGGCAGCAAGAAAAUUAAGAUGGAGAAAAAACCAGCCGGUUCAAGCAAAUACGAGCGCGUUAUGGCAAAAUAUAAAUCUGCUGAUGGAAUAUACACCUGCUGGGACUGCGGUCGUCGCUAUCAUUGGGCCUCUUCUUUGUCACGUCAUCGCACUAUUCAGUGCGGAUCCAGAAACAAGCGGCGUUAUGUCUGCAGUCUCUGUGGAUUCCGUAGUGGGUACAAGAGUAACUUCUUGAGACACGUAAAGUCUCCGAGACAUCAGAGAAACAUCCGGUUCAAGAAGAUGCAGGGCAAAAUUGAGGCUGAAGAAAUAACCGCCGAUGAUGAUGAUGAUGGCGAAGAUGACGAAGAAGAUGAAAUUUUCUCUUCUGAGGAAGAAGAACUUAAGAAUUAUCUUAAGGGCAAAAAUAUUAAAGAAAAAAUAUAAAACAAUUUAUAAUAAUGGGUUUUUUUUUCAAUUUUAAUUAACAUAUAUAAUCUAUAACAUUUUAAUUGAUUAAACUUUGAAUUCAAUUUUCAAUAAUAAAUAUUAAGGAUAAAACCGAUUAAUGGUUUAAUUGAAUAAUUAUAUUUUAGUGGAGACCUAAAUACUGAAUGAGUUUAUAAUUGUCGUGUAGUGGCUUCGCUAUAAAUAAAAAUUAAAUAAAUAAAUGCUUGUAA